AGUUUAUUUUUGCUUUCUCCAAAAUACCAGGUAAGAAUUAAUUCAUUCUCCAAAUAGCAGCUAGCUAGCAACAAUGGCUGCCACGAACUCUAGUGUGUUGGCAUGCAGCAGCUAUGCCCUAUCAGGUGCUGCUUCAUCUGAGCUGAUCGCAAAGCAUGCUUCAAUGGCGGCAACCCCAAUCUCAACUACUUCUUCUUCCAAGCUCCCUGCCGCAAUCAAGUGUCAGAAACAAGAAGUGAGAUCUGUAGUGGAGACUGCAAAUGGGAUUAAUGGCAGAAGAGCUGCCCUUCUUGGCCUUGCAGCUGCCCUUUUUGCCACUUCUUCUUCUGCAAAUGCUGGUGUCAUUGAGGACUAUCUUGAGAAAAGCAAAGCCAACAAGGAAUUGAAUGACAAGAAGAGACUGGCCACAAGUGGUGCAAACUUUGCAAGAGCAUACACUGUUCAGUUUGGCACUUGCAAGUUCCCUGAAAACUUCACUGGCUGCCAAGACCUUGCCAAACAAAAGAAAGUGCCAUUCAUCAGUGAUGACUUGGAGUUGGAAUGCGAAGGGAAGGACAAAUACAAGUGUGGUUCCAAUGUUUUCUGGAAAUGGUGAAGUGUGUAAGCUAAGAAUGUAUGUAUUUAUAUACUCUUCCUUUCAUAAUGGAACAUGUACCUAUUCUUUCAUGGAAAAUCUGUAA